AUGGACGCUUCGAGUAGAUGGAAAGCUUUACUGGUUCUCGGAAUUCUUCUUUCAUUGAUUGCUUUCAUUCUCGGAUGGAUCGGUUUUGGUGUACCUGACUGGCAUACAUUCCAACGUUACAGUGGCUCUAUUACAGAGUAUUAUGGUCUGUGGGCAUAUUGUCAAGAACAAACACCUUUGUAUAAUACGGUUUGCCAACGUUGGUCAACGGCUGAAGCGCAAGUCUUCAAUGGAACUCGACCGAAUUUUAUCAGCACGGCACAAGGUUUAAUAACAACUGGAAUGAUUCUACUUUCAUUAGGUCUUGCAACAGCAAUAGCGGCUGCGAUAUUACCUCUUUUGGCGUACUUAGCAGCAGCUCUAGCUAUAAUGGCAUUUAUUUUUCUUGUUAUUGGUUUACCAAUAUUCGGGCGACAAUCGAAUGACUAUUCGAAUGUACGAGGAGAUUAUUAUUACAAUAAACGUUAUGGUUUUUGGCUUAUGGUACCAACAAUAAUCUUAGAAUUUUUAGCAGCGCUUCUAUUUCUAGGUGCCGCUUUGUUAUAUAGGAAGUCUGGCUACGGUAAUAUAGGAACUAAUCUCAGCAGCAAAACAAUAAACAUGCGAAAUCCAAUUAUUGGUGGUCAACGAAUGCUCGGACCAGCAUACGGAUUCCGACCACCAGUUCUACCACCGGUACCGUACAGUCCUCGAACAGAACCAUCUUUGCUUUCGCAAUAUCUCACUCAACGUGUAAUACCAUACGAUCGACCACCGUCCACACUUCGAAUCGUCGGUGCACUACCGCAACCAUCUAUUGUUCGUGCGACAGGUGUGCCUGUUAUACAUAGUGCACCACCUGCUUAUUAUCGAUUCGGAGAACCUGUUGGUCCACCUUUCAAACCAAUUGUCAAUUUAACCAGCGAAACUAUCGUUGGUCCUCUUAUACGUACUGCCUAA